UGCGCGGUGCGGGCUCGGGCUCACCACUUGGGUUUCCGCCGUCGACCAUACUCGAGGACUACUCACUUCACGAAGAGGUUGCAUCUCUCCACCGGCCAGCUUCAGAAUGGAUGAACUUACCAAGGAACAAGCUCUCAUGUUGCGAAAGGCCUUCGACAUGUUCGACCGCGACAAGAAGGGUUUCGUGCACACCAACAUGGUAUCUGCCAUUCUGAGGACGCUGGGCCAGACCUUUGAGGAGAAGGAUCUCAAGGAACUGAUCGCUGAAAUCGAUCAGGAUGGGUCUGGUGAGCUGGAAUUCGACGAGUUCGUGGCCCUGGCCGCUAGGUUCCUGGUGGAAGAGGAUACCGAAGCCAUGCAGGAAGAGCUGCGUGAGGCAUUCCGCCUGUACGACAAGGAGGGCAACGGAUACAUCAACGUCUCAGACUUGCGAGAAAUCCUCCGCGCCCUGGACGACGCGCUCACUGAGGACGAACUCGACGAAAUGAUCGCUGAGAUCGACACGGACGGCAGCGGAACAGUCGACUUCGACGAGUUCAUGGAGAUGAUGACCGGCGACUAAAGCCUUUCCAGAAAUGGCACCAGCCGUUACAAGACCAUCACGGGCGGCUAGGCCGAAACAUGCCGAAAAAGGCCCAAACAUGAAAAGUCCUACGAGAGGAAGACCCAAGACAUCUUUUCUUUCGAUCUUAAUCUCUGUUCACUCUAUAAAUUUUAUUUAAGACCUAUUUUGUUUCUGUCCUUCCCUGCAGUUUCUGUUUCGUCUGUCUGUCGUCUGCUACAUACGUUGAUUCCGUUCGCAGAAGACAACGACUCAUGUUGGUUCUAACUAAAUUUCCAUUACAAUUAUCGCCGCUAAAGUUAUGAGGAACGUAGCCGAAUAAAGUUAAUACGUUUCUGAUUCA